UGAUUGGCUGUUUAUUUUCCCUUCCUGCUGCAUCAUGUGACCAACACAAGUAGAGGAUCUGAUCCAGAGCCGACAGGCGGACCGCUGCUGGACCUGCAGGAAGCAUGUCUGUUGGGAAGCUGGAAGAGUGCCGGCAGCACAUCCGGGCGCAGCUGGACGCUGUCGUGGAAUUCUGGCUCAAAUAUUCCCACGACACAGUACACGGAGGCUUCUUCACUUGCAUUGGGAGGGACGGUAAUGUUUAUGAUGAGCUGAAGUAUGUGUGGCUGCAGGGAAGACAGGUGUGGAUGUACUGCCGUCUCUACCGUAGCGUGGAUCGCUUCCGCAGGCCUGACAUCCUGGAAGCAGCAAAGGCCGGGGGAGAAUUCCUCAGAAAGUUUGCACGYGUGUCCACCAAUGGAAAUCAGUGGAAAUGUGCCUUUUGCUUAACAAGAGAUGGCAAAGCUGUCAAGGUUCAAAGGACCAUAUUCAGCGAGUGUUUCUAUAUAAUGGCCAUGGACGAACUGAGCAGGGUCACUGGUGACAAGGAAAUGCAGCUGGAGGCCGAGCAGAUGAUGGAGCAGCUGAUCUACUGGGUCCGGGAGGACGCGUCGGGUCUGGGAAGGCCCCAGCUACCAGGGGACGUUCCGACUAACASCAUGGCAGUWCMCAUGAUGCUGCUGUGCCUGGUCCAGCAGCUGUCUGAMGGCCGGCCGGAGGCGGRGAAGAAGUACGCAGAACUGGGAAGUUGGUGUGUGACUGAGAUUCAGCAACAUAUCCAGGUGUGUGCAGUGAACACAACACCUAGUUUAUCUGGUGUGGAGAGACUGAAAUGUCUCAGCCUCCUCUGCUGUGUCUCUUGUGCUGACUCAGGCCAUGCCCUGGAAGCAGGCUGGUUCCUGCUGCGGUAUGCUGCCGACAACGACAACAAGGAGCUCCAGAGAACUGCUAUUGAAAAGUUUGUGGWGCUUCCUUUURAGAGUGGCUGGGAUAAARCCCACGGUGGYCUCUUCUACUUCCUGGAUGUGGACGGUCACUGCCCCACUCAGCUGGAGUGGAGCAUGAAGCUGUGGUGGCCUCACAGCGAGGCGCUCGUUGCCUUCCUCAUGGCCUACAGUCAGACCAGGAGCCCUGAGCUGCUGGAGAACUUCUUCAGGGUCUACGAGUACACCUUCAGCCAUGUGAGUGAACCCGCAGCUUUGGAUUUUAAAGGAGGGCCCUUUAAAGGCUUCUUCCAUGUACCUCGCUGCCUGUACAUGUGUGAGAGCCUCUUGGAUGAUCUGCUGGGAAAACAUGGCUGAAUAUUCAGACAUCAGUGUUCAGAGAAAAGGAACUCAUCUGAACUCAUC